UGAUAAACCUUUAACGCCAGAAGAAGAAAACGGAAACCUGCCAACCUGCCUGCUUGUCAGGGUAGGUUCAACUUGUACCACUCAGAGGCAGCGAAAAUAUUUCCAGGCUGGGAAACGAUACUUUACUACGAAGACGGAAACUCCAUCGAUUGAGGGGGAAAAAACUGAAAAAGAGGAGACCCUGUAACACUGGAGCGACCAUGGUGGGCGAACGCCGUAAUGGCAACCUGCUGGUGCAGCUGGGCCCCAAGCUGCAGGCCUACCCGGAGGAGCUGAUUCGCCAGCGCCGCACGCACGACGGGCAGACGGAGUACCUGAUUCGCUGGAGCCUGCUGACCGUGGACGACGGGGGCGGCUCCGGGGGCGGGACCAGCGAGGCGGGCGGCGGCGGCGGGGGCGGCGGCUCGGGCAGCGGGGGCUCGUCCUCCGGCGAGAGCAAGACGGAGAACAUCCUGAUGUGGAUGUCCACGGAGGACGUCUACGCCAACUGCCCCACCCUGCUGGGCAAGCGCAAGACGGACGUCCAGCGGCCGCUGCAGGAGGAGCGGCCCAGCAGCGAGUUCCCGUCCGACGUCACCUUCGACGAGGUGGAGCUCUCCGACAUGAAGGACGACGUGAAGAACCUGGUGCGCCGGGCGCGCAAGCAGAUGACCAAGAAGAGCGACCUGGGCAUCAGCAUCACGCACACCAUCCACGUGCUGAGCGCCUACGCCGGCAUCGGCUCGCUGGUGGGCGUCUUCAAGGAGACGGGCGCCCUGGACCUGCUCAUGGAGCUGCUCUGCAACAAGGAGCGGCAGACCCGCCGCAGCGCCGGGAAGAUGCUCCGCGCCCUGGCCUCGCACGACGCCGGGAGUCGAGCCUACGUCCUCCUGUCCCUCAGCCAGCAGGACGGGAUCGAGCAGCACAUGGACUUCGACAAUCGCUACACGCUGCUGGAGCUGUUCGCCGAGACCACCUCCUCCGAGGAGCACGGCAUCUCCUUCGAGGGGAUCCACCUGCCCCAGAUCCCGGGAAAGCUGCUGUUCUCUCUGGUGAAGCGCUACCUGUGCGUGACGUCCCUCAUGGACAAGCUGAACACGGCCGGGGUGGAGUCCAGCUCCGAGCGGCAGGAGGGCGGCGGCGGCGGCUCCUCCUCUUCUUCCUCGGGCUACUCCUCCUCCUCCUCCUCGGCCCUGGGGGCGGGCCACCAGACGGAGCAGUCCCGGGUGCAGCGAGAGUUCGAGUUCACCAUGGCGAUGGCCAACCUCAUCUCGGAGCUGGUGCGCGUGAUGGGCUGGGACCGCAACCGCCAGCCGCCGCAGGCCGGCUCCCUGAUGUCCCCCGGGAGGGACGAGGGGCCCCGCCCCCUGCGCUCCAUCUUCCAGCCCCGCUUCUCCGCCUCGCCCACCGUCAUGGCCGCCGCCCCGCCCAAGCGGAAGGCGGCCAGCAGCUUCAAGACGCGCACCGACUUCGCCAGCCGCACCGCCUACGUGGAGUACGUGCAGGACAACCUGAAGAGCGGCAUGCUGGUCCGCAUGCUGGAGGACUACGAGGAGGUCAGCGCCGGCGACGAGGGGGACUUCCGAUACAGCAACGACGGCUCGCCACCUGUGCAGGUGUACUGGAACUCGCUCUCCCGGACGUACUGGGUUCACUGGCACAUGAUCGAGAUCCUGGGCAGCGGGACCAGCGGGCAGGCCGAGAAGGAGACGCAGGAGAAGGCCAGCUCCCUCACAGAGACGCUCAAACUCACAGCUGGUAAGGGAGCCUCCUUCACAGAGACUCUAGAACUCACAGCUGGGAAGAGAGCCUCCUUCACAGAGUCGCUCAAACUCACAGCUGUGAGCCAGACGUUCUUCUCCAAGCCCCCCGGGGGGCUGUACUCCCUGCCCUACCUGGCCGAGGGGCUGCAGGAGGAGGGCGGGGCCCUGAGCCGGGCCGAGUGGUGGGAGGUGCUCUUCUUCAUCAAGAAACUGGAGCCCAAGCAGCAGCAGGAGGUCAACGCCAUCCUGAGGCAGAGCCUGGACGACCAGAUGGAGGACCUGGACGAGGUGGCGCUGGUGGAGCUGUCGGUGCCCGGCGAGGUGGCGCAGAAGGUGCUGCACUACCUGAAGCAGGCGCUGCCGCCGUCCUGCCUGCGCGACCUGCAGUGCUCGCACAUCUUCGCCCGCCACUACCUGCAGCGCGGCGGCGGCCUGGAGGAGGACCUGCUGCACGCCUCCCUCAGCCCCAUGGAGCUGGACGGGCAGGGCCCCUGCGCCUCCACCUCCUCCUCCUCCUCGCUGGCCAACCUGGGCUCCGUCUCCAAGAAGCCCAAGAAGGAGGCGCCCUCCGACUCGGGCAACUGCAGCAGCUCGGACGCCGAGAGCGAGCUGCCCAAGGAGGACGAGUCCAAGUACCCCGAGGACCUGGAGGAGAAGAUGAAAGUCUUCAACAACCCGAAGAUCCAGGGCAAGAGGAACUCGCUGGAGAAGAUGGGGGAGGUGGUGGACAUCAUGAAGAAGAGCGGCUCGGACCCGGGCCAGCAGCUGGCCGGCAUGAAGUUCAUCGCCAAGAUCCUGAUGGAUGAGGGGCCCCAGGAGAGGAGCAGCCUGCGGACGGACUCCGCCCAGACCAUCCGGGAUAAGAUCCUGAAGCUGCUGGUGGAGCGGCUGAGCGGCCAGCCCCAGGAGGUGGUGGUGAGCACGCUGCGCCUCGUCUGCAUCCUCAUGCUGCGCUACGAGUGGCGGGUGUCCUUCGCCACCGAGGGCGGGGUCAAGGCCAUCCUGUCCUUCAUGCAGGAGCACCCCGGCUGCACGCAGGUGCAGAAGAUCGCGCUGGCGGCCCUGAAGGUGAUCACGGGGGCCAGCAAGCACGACAUCCGCAGCAUGGGCCGGUGCCUGCCCCUGUCCGAGUCGGGCACCCAGAUGAUGCUGGAGAUCUUCGCCAGCAUCGGCUCGGCCACGCCCGAGGGUUCCACGGGCCUGCUGGGAGCCAUCCCCGCCGCCAUCGAGCUCAUGCUCAACACCCCGGGGUCCACGGUGUCGGUGCGGGACGGCCUGCUGGUGGUGAUCAUGCUGAUCUCCAGCCAUAAGAGCCUGGCGGAGCAGCUGGUGGCGUGCGGGAUCAGCGCCGUCCUGCAGAAGUGCCUGUCGGCCCCGCGGGCGGAGACCAUGCUGGCCAUCAUCGCCCUCAACCACAUCUCCAUGGUGCACAAGCUGGAGAAGCAAGAGUCGAAGGAGGAGCUGGACUUCAAGGACACGGGGCUGAAGAUGCUGGUGGUGAGCCUGAAGGAGAUGACGGCCACCAAGGAGGUGAUCCUGACGCUGGAGCAGCUGCUGUGCGACGACACCUCGCAGCUGGAGGAGGAGCGCAACCAGGUGACCCGCAACAAGGACACCUUCCAGGACCUGGUGCGGCUCAUGGACCAGCACCGCGUGGACCGGGCCACGCAGCUCUCCAUCCUGAGGAUUUUGAAUAAGUUCCUUGACAACUACCAGGAAGACCUGCUGCCCUGGCACGAGAGCAUAGAGCCCUGCCUGUCCUCCCUGACGGCCUUCAUCAAUGACCGAGAGGUGGUGCAGCUCUUCAUCCGCUUCCUGUACCGGCUGGCCACGCUCAACAAGGACUACGCGGUGGUGAUGUGCCGGCUGGGCACCAAGGACGCGCUGAUCAAGGCGCUGGACAAGCACAGCGCCAGCCUGCUGCUGGUGACCGAGCUGCGCGACCUGAUCGGGGACUGCGAGAAGUACGCCAGCCUCUACAAGAAGAUGACCACCAGCAUACUGGCCGGCUGCAUUCAGAUGGUCCUGGGCCAGAUUGAGGAGCACCGCCGCAGCCACCAGCCCAUCAACAUCCCCUUCUUCGACGUCUUCCUCCGCAACUUGUGCCAAGGGUCCAGUGUGGAGCUGAAGGAGGACAAGUGCUGGGAGAAGGUGGAGGUCUCCUCCAAUCACCACCGAGCCAACAAGCUCACCGACAAGAACCCCAAAACCUUCUGGGAGUCCAACGGCUGCACAGGUUCCCACUUCAUCAACCUCUACAUGCACAAGGGGGUGGUGAUUAGGCAGCUGGCAGUGCUGGUGGCCAGCGAGGACUCCAGCUACAUGCCCGCCCGCAUCGUGGUGCUGGGCGGGGACGACCCCACCAACAUCAACACGGAGCUGAACACCGUGAACGUACCGCCGUCGGCCAGUCGCAUCGUUCUGCUGGAGAACAUGACCCGCUUCUGGUCCAUAGUGCAGAUCAGGAUCAAGCGCUGUCAGCAGGGCGGCAUCGACACCCGGGUCCACGGGUUCGAGGUCCUGGGGCCCAAGCCCACCUUCUGGCCCGUGUUCAAGGAGCAGCUGUGCUGCCGGACCUACCUCUUCUACACCACCAAGGCCCACACCUGGUGCCAGGAGAUCCUGGAGGACAAGGUGCAGCUGCUGCAGCUUUUCAACAAGCUGAACAGCGCCCUGCGGCACGAGCAGAUGUUCGCCGACCGCUUCCUGCCCGACGCCGAGGCGGCGGAGGCGCUGGGCCGGACCUGCUGGGAGGCGCUCAUCACCCCCAUCGUGCAGAGCAUCACGCUGUCAGACACGCCGGUCCUGAGCCCGCUGUCCUGGCUGCUCAGCGAGUACCUGGACAACGCCGAGAUCGCCAAGCGCUGCAAGAGCCGGGCGGCCAUCUUCAACUCGCGCGUGCGCCGCCUCACGCACCUGCUGGUGCACGUGGACACCAGCCGCGCCGACGCCGAGGAGCUCAAGCCCCCGGUCAAGUCCAAAGGUAUCAACCGAAGCAAAGAUUUAAAGAAUGGCAAAGAGGGAAAGAACAAGGAGGCGGCGGCCUCUUCCUCCUCCUCUUCCUCCGUCCGGCCCAAAGUGAAGAACGCCAGCAGCAUAGCCGGGAUAGCGCAGUGCUGGCAGGGCGUGGUCCAGCGACAGGUGAAGAAGUUUCUGGACUCUGCGUGCAGCCUGCCGGACUUCGUGGAGCGGUACAGGAACAUGUACCUGCGUCUGAAGAACGCGAUGGAGGAGCUGUUCGGCCAGCAGACGGCCUUCGUGCUGGCGCUGCGGCAGGGCUUCUCCGCCGCGCUGCUGCAGCUGUCCAUCCUCACCGCCAUGCACGUGAGUGAGAGAUUCGCCCAGUACAUCGACCUGAUGAUCCAGGAGAGCGGCGUGGACUCGGGGAACGUGGAGACGCUCAACCAGCUGCAGCAGUUCCUGGAGCCCAUGCUCUUCCUGUCCGGCCUGGAGCUGGCCAACACCUUCGAGCACUUCUACAGGUAUUACCUUGGCGACCGGCUGCUGGGCCAGGGCAAGGUGUGGCUGGAGAGCGCGGUGAUCGAUCAGAUCGGCACCUGCUUCCCCAACCGCUUCCCGCAGCAGAUGCUGAAGAACCUGCGGGAGUCGGAGGAGCUGCAGCAGGAGUUCCACCUGUACCGCCUGCAGCAGCUGGACAAGACGCUGCAGGACCAGGACGAGGAGAUGGCGGAGGACCAGGCCCCGGGGCUGGAGGAGGAGGGUGAGGUGAAGGUGCUGGUCCUGUCCCCGCGCUGCUGGGCCGUCUCCUCCCCCUGCUACCUGGAGCGCCCCGACCGCCACUUCCCCCCCCAGCUCUGCGGCUACCUGGCCGAGUUCACCGACUUCUACGCCAACAGCCAGACGAUGUACAACCUGACGCACAGCAAGCCCCGGCGGCUGCAGUGGACCUGGCUGGGGCACGCCGAGCUCCACUACGGCUCCUGCAUCCUCUACGUCUCCACGCUGCAGAUGUACAUACUGCUGCAGUUCAACAGCCAGGAGGACGUGGCCGUGGAGGCCUUGCAGCAGGCCACGGGGCUCUCCCUCGUCGUGCUGCUCCACGCACUCAAGCCCCUCACCGCUGAGAAGCGCAUCCUGGUCCACAAGAGCUCCAGCGCCGACCCAAUGAAGUGGGUCCUGUGCCUGAACCAGGAGGCCCUCCCCCAGGACUCGGAGGGCCACAGCUACUGCUACCUGCUCCCCAAGCAGACCUACCUGAACGUGGACGAGGACGCCGCCAGCACGCUGGAGAGGAAGAGGAACUACGUCUACUGCCUCAUCGUCCAGGUCAUGAAGGUGGAGAAGGAGAUGCACAUCGACAACCUGGUCUUCAGGGUGCUGGACACGUGUCAGAAGCAGGAGGCGACGCGGGCGCCGGGCGCGGUGCGCUUCGGCUGCAGCACCACCGACGUGCUGUCCUGCGUGAUGCACGUCAUCAACAAGGGCUACGUCAGGCGCAACGAGGACAGCCCGCACAUCGUGGAGUUCCUGGCCGAGGACCCCAGCACGCCGCAGAAGGGCCAGGCCCACAUCUCCUUCAGCCGGCCCGAGCUGAAGAAGGGCUCCAGCCCCGACCUCGGCAAUGGCGGCGGCAGCAAUGCUCCCACCAGUCUGGGAGGUCUCCUGGCGGGCCCGCAGCGGGCGGAGGACGGGGUCCUGGAGGCGGUGCUCUUCUCCAUGGGCCGCACCAUGACCCAGGAGGAGGUCCAGCAGCUGAUGAAGAGGACGGUGCAGCAGGUGUCCGCCACGCUCAGCCUGGACCUGGACCGGGCCGAGCACCUGCUGGUGCACUGCAAGUGGAACGUGGACCUCCUCGUCCAGCGCUACACCGACGACCCCGACACCCUGGUCCUGGCGGCCGGCCUGAAGGGCCGCAACCCCCAGCCGCCGCCCAGCCCCGUGUCCCAGUGUCCCGUCUGCCUCACCCCCCUGACGGGGGACCCCGACGACACCCCCUCCCUCUGCUGCAUGCACUACUGCUGCCGGUCAUGCUGGCAGGAGUACCUCACAGCCAGAAUCGAGCAGAACUUGGUGAUGAGCUGCAACUGUCCCAUCACAGACUGCCACGCCCAGCCCACCUCCCAGUUCUUCUACAGCAUCCUGACCGACAAGGACAUCAUUGCCAAGUACGAGAACGCUCUGCUCCGGGGUUACGUGGAGUGCUGCUCCAACCUGACCUGGUGCACCAACCCCCAGGGCUGCGACCAGAUCCUGUGCAAGGAGAACAUUGGCAGCAUGGGCACCUGCUCCAAGUGCUGCUGGUCCUCCUGCUUCAGCUGCAACUUCCCAGAGGCACACUACCCAGCCAGCUGUAGCCACAUGUCCCAGUGGAUGGACGAUGGGGGCUACUACGAGGGCAUGAGCAUGGAGGCUCAGAGCAAGCACCUGGCCAAGCUCAUCUCCAAGCGCUGCCCCAGCUGCCACGCCCAGAUCGAGAAGAACGAGGGCUGUCUGCACAUGACUUGUGCCAAAUGCAACCACGGCUUCUGCUGGCGGUGUCUCAAACCUUGGAAACCCACACACAAGGAUUACUACAACUGCUCUGCUAUGGUGAGCAAAGCAGCCCGCCAGGAAAAGAAGUUCCAGGACUACAACGAGAGAUGCACUUUCCACAAUCAGGCCAAGGACUUUGCCAUCAACCUGGAGAACAAGGUCUCCUCGAUCAACGAAGCGCUGCAGAUGAAGUCCUUAACGUUUGUCAUCGACGCCUGCAAGAUUUUGGCCCAGGCUCGCAAGGUGCUGGCCUACUCGUGCGUGUACAGCUACUACAACCAGGACACGGAGAAGAUGGACGUGAUGGAGCAGCAGACCGAGGCCCUGGAUCUCCACACCAACGCCCUCCAGAUCCUCCUGGAGGAGACGCUGCUCCAGUGCACUGAUCUGGCCUCCUGCGUGCGGCUGCUCAAACCCGAGCAUCUCAACACCGGCCUGGAGCUGAUCCGCCGCAUCCAGGAGCGUCUGCUGGCCAUCCUGCAGCACUCCACACAGGAUUUUCGGGUGGGGUACCAGUCCAAGCCCGGAUCUGACCAGGAGGCGGCCCAAGCGGCCAAUCUGGCUAACCACACGGACUCGAACAAGGAGGCGAAGUCGGAGGGGGGCUCCGACUCGGGCGACUCGGACAACGUCAACAACACGGCGGAGGACGGCGGGGACGGCGACGAGGAGGACGACGAGUACGACGACGAGUACGUCCCGGAGUGGCACGAGGACUACGACGAGGACGACAUCGACGAGGACGACUUCUUCUCCGACGACGACGAGUCCGAGAACGUGGAGAGGGACUUCAGCCCGUUCGACUAAAAAAAAAGUUUAACGAAAAGUGAAAACCAAUAAAAUGCACACAAAAAAAAACACGAGUCGCGCCGAGCUCCUGUCAAGCAAUGCUACCGCGUACAUAUUCCAGAACGGAGAGGAAAUGAGUAGUUUGGGGUGUUUUUUUUUUUUGUCUGACGGGAAACAGCCGGGUCAGGUUUUUACACAGGAAUUAGGCAGUGAAGCGUACAAGUCUUUUUCAUCAGAAGAAAAAUUAAAACAAAGUCCCUUUCUCUCGGCAGACUCCGGCCACCAGUUACCGUCGUCAUAACCGCAGCUGUAUGUUGGUCAUUCUGUUCUUUUUACAUAACCGUAUCUGCAAACAUUUGUUCUGUUAAUUCAUGUAGGUUAGGUUUAUACUAUGAAACCUUUUUUUGUUUUUUGUUUAAUGAGACCUUAUUUCACCACUUCACUGCUGUCAAAUGAGAAGAGGAACGUUUGUGAAAAUGCGCCGUUUUAAGAAGCGGACACCGGGGUCAUAGCCCAUGCCUUGGUUCAGUGUAGCCGAAGGAGCAAAUUAGGCACAGAUUUAUUUCCACAUGAAUAGAAAUAUUUCACAUUCGUUUUUUUUUUUGUUUUUGUUUUUUUGUUUUUUAAUAUCAGUUGAGUUGCCAUUUUCAUGAUGCAGUAUAAAGUUAUUUUCUACUCAAAUGUACGCCUUGAUUUAAUUUCCAAUACAUUGAUAUGCCUUUAUUUUUAGCUGGUUAAAUAAAAUACUCACAUGGAAAAGUUACCUAAUGGUUAAAUAAAAAAAUUUAAAAAUAUAUAUAUAUAUAUGUUUUGAUUUGAACAAUGGAGAGCAUUCUUAGGACUAUUGAAAUGUGGGGGAAAAGUGAAUGGCAGUUAAGGAAAGAAUGGUUAAGUGUAAAUAUUAAAGGGCUCCUGGAACUUCGCAGUCCUGUUUAAAAGCCUGUCAGUGCAUUCUGAAAUGGAAACUUACUGAGUACAGAGGGGGGGGCUGGCUAACAGAGAACACUCUUCGGGAUUCCAACAGUCCACCAAAGAAAUGGGAAUAUGAGACAAAUGCAUCAAAAACAUGUCAAUCGGCUCUACUUGGGUCUCAUUGCAAUAAUUUGGAUUUUUAUUUCAUUCUAUACUUAUUUUUUUUUUUGCUAAGCAGCAACAUAUGUUACUUGCUUUUUCCCAGUUUGUUUUUUUUUUCCUGGAAAAAAAAAAAAGAGUUUUUGGACAUGUUAAUGUUCAUAUAUACAGAGAUGGAGAGAGAUCAGAUACCUUGGCAAUGUCUGAAUUUUCUGUAAGUUGAGAUCCUUAUAUAUUCAUAUAUUGUUCAUCUACUAUGUUCUAUCUUUCCAAAUUAAAGCUGGAGUUGAGCAACUUCAACUUACUAAAUAAAAAGCUUUUUCUGCUAA